GACUGUUCUGCAUCAGUGCCUAUGCCCAGUUCAAUCUCUAGUUUUGAACAGGAUCCAUUGAGAUUAUACUCCAAAACCCUGCAUGACUACACUCUCGAACUGUGGACGGAGUCCAGGAGAGUUGCGGAAGAGAAAGCGAAGCGCAAGCUGGUUGCAAUGGAGGAAGAGGCACGAAAACAAUCUCGCAACACUGAGCGACCUCGUCUUUCUUGA